AUGGUUGAAAUUAAAAACAGUACAGAAGUUUUAACAUUGAACACUGGCGCUAAGAUUCCAGUGAUUGGCUUGGGAACUUUCCAGGCAAAAGAUGAUGACCUCUACAAGGCUGUUUUGCAUGCAUUGAAAAACGGCUACAGGCAUAUCGACACCGCUGCGAUCUACUCAAACGAGCAGGAAGUUGGCAGAGCCAUUAAGGAUUCAGGAGUGCCAAGAGAGGAAUUGUUCAUUACUACUAAGUUGUGGGUCACACAAUAUAGAAACCCAGAGAGAGCUUUGAACGGGUCUUUGAGACGCUUGGGGUUGGAUUAUGUUGACCUAUUUUUGCUUCAUUUUCCACAUCCACACAAGGAAUUCGACUUGGAUGGAGAUAAAUUAGAUAUUGUUGCGGCUUUCUCCAACCCCGUUGUUUGGGACGAAGACUGGAGUUUCGUGGAUACCUGGCGUCUUGCUCAAAAGCUGCCAGAGACUGGUAAGGCAAGAGCUGUUGGUGUCUCAAACUUUGACGUUCCUAACUUGCAGAAGCUUUUGGCCGACCCUGAACUAAAAGUGGUUCCUGCUGUAAAUCAAAUUGAAGUCACUCCAUUCCUUCCAAGAGAUGAUGUGGUAGACUUUUGUAAGAGCAAGAACAUUUUGGUUGAAGCGUACUCUCCAUUGGGUUCUACUGGUGCUCCUGUUGCUAAAGAACCAGAGGUCCUUGAGAUUGCUGAAAAGUACGGAGUUUCUCCAGUGCAAGUUUUGAUCAACUAUCCCAUCAACAGAGGCCUUAUUGUGCUACCAAAAUCAAUCACUCAUGAAAGAAUUGAUGCCAACCUUAAGACGUUUAAAAUAGAAAGUGAAGAUAUGGAAAAACUCAACAGCAUCCAUAAGAGAACUGGUUUAAAGAGUUCUUACGAUUCCGCAUGGAUGACCAAAGAUUAA